CGCCCGAAGCUGGUGCAUCACAGAGCGCGCGAGGCUUGCGCCCGGGCCGACAGAUUGAGCCACUGACAAGGCCGUCCCCCCGUGCUGCCAAAGGUGCUUGGCGUGGAGUUGGCUGCAGUCCAUGCCGGAUCCCAGCAGCCGUUCCCUUUCCUUUCUUCCCGAGCGUACUCACUUGGACCUGUCUGUCCACCUGUGGAGGGAGCGGGCAGAUUGAUUUACGCAGGAUUCUCUGCCCUUGCCUGGGAGAACAGUUCAGGAGACAGAUGGCCCCAAGAGCCCAGAUCCAGGGACUGCUGACAUUUGGGGAUGUGGCCGUGGCCUUUACCCGGAUUGAGUGGAGACACCUGGAUGCUGCUCAGCGGGCCCUGUACAGGGAUGUGAUGCUGGAAAACUAUGGGAAUCUGGUGUCUGUGGGUGAGGAUGGCUUUCUCCUUGACUCAGGAUUGACCUGCUGGGCAACUUUGUUUUCACAGGGGCUUCUCUCUUCCAAACCAAAACUAAUCGCGCAGUUGGAGCAAGGGGCAGAGCCAUGGAUGGAGGUGCGAGAGGCUCCAUCAGGCACGCGUGCAGUCCCAGAUUACUGGUUCGAAACAAAAAUGUCAGCCCUAAAGCAAAGCACUUCUGAAGGAUCUGUUCUGGGAGAGCGAAUGAAAAGUGUCAUGAUGGAAAAAGGCCUGGACUGGGAGGGCAGAAGCUCCACAGAGAAGAACUAUAAAUGUGAGAAAUGUGGGAAAGUCUUUAAAUACAACUCGUCCUUCAUUAGCCACCGGAGAAAUCACACCAGUGAGAAACCACAUAAGUGUAAAGAAUGUGGGAUUGCCUUUAUGAACAGUUCAUCCCUUUUAAAUCACAGUAAGGUUCAUGCAGGCAAGCAGCCUUAUAGAUGUGUUGAAUGUGGGAAGUUCCUGAAGAAGCACUCAACCUUUAUUCACCAUCAGAGGAUUCAUUCUAGGGAGAAACCCCACAAAUGCAUUGAAUGUGGAAAAGCUUUCAGAAAGAACUCAAUCCUUUUAAGUCAUCAGAGAAUUCACACUGGCCAGAAACCCUACAAAUGUAAUGACUGUGGGAAAGCCUUUGCUCAGAAUGCAGCCCUUACUCGUCAUGAAAGAAUACAUAGUGGAGCGAAGCCUUUUAAAUGUAAUGAAUGUGGGAGAGCUUUCAGGGAUAACUCAACUGUGUUGGAACAUCAGAAAAUCCAUACUGGUGAGAAGCCAUAUCAGUGUAAUGAAUGUGGAAAAGCCUUUAGGAAGAGCUCAACUCUUAUUAGUCACCAAAGAAUGCAUACUGGAGAGAAACCCUAUCACUGCAGUAAAUGUGGAAAGUCUUUCAGAUAUAGCUCAUCCUUUGCUGGUCAUCAGAAAACUCAUAGUGGAAAUAAACCCUAUCAGUGUCAUGACUGUGGGAAGGCCUUUACAAAGAGCUCAACCCUUACUGGACAUCAGAGAAUUCAUACUGGAGAAAAACCCUAUCACUGUAAGAAAUGUGGGAAAGCCUUUCGGCACAGCUCAGGCCUUGUUGAACAUCAGAGACUCCAUACUGGGGAAAAACCUUAUAAAUGUAAUGAAUGUGGGAAAGCUUUUCCCCAAAGUUCAGCCCUUAAACAACAUAAGAAAAUUCAUAACAAAGAAAGAGCCAUUGAAUGUAGUUAGUGUGGUAAAUUGUGCAGAGUAGUUUAUUCCUUCUGCCCAUCAUGGAGGAGACAUUAAAUAAAUUAUGCAUUUAACAGAAAUAUUCUGUGUACUUCUGAGAGAACAUCUCACUUGUGAGGAUAUUCAUUGUGAGGUUCAUACUAGUGAAAUAUUUGAAGAACCUAAAUGUAUGUCAGUAUGGAAAUAGUUAUAGCAUACUGUGUGGUGACUGAAAAGAAUGAGGUGGAGCUGUAAAUACUAUACAAAGCCAGGCAUGGUGGCACAUGCCUCUAGUCCCAGAUACUUGGGAGGCUGAGGCAGGAGGAUUGCUUGAGCCCAGGAGUUUGAGUCUGUAAUGCACCAUGAUUGUGCCUGUGAAUAGCCACUGCACUCCAACCUGGGCAACACAGCAAGACUCCAUCUCUAAAAAUAAGUAAAAAAAUCCAACAGUAGAAAUAUCCCCAUGAUACCGUUAAAUUAAAGAAGCAAGUUGCAGGAAAUCUAUAUUACAUACAAUCAAAAAGACCUGGAAAAAUAAAGACCAAACUUAACAGCAA